UAUCAUUCUAUACGUUUCCAUUUUAAAGAAACUACCUUCCUCUCGAUAAUCUACGUAAAAGGGGGAAAUCUUAAAAGGGAAAGAAUUACGAGGAUUAACCGCACUGCUAACACCCAGACCCCAUACAUCGAUUAUAAAAAUCCUCGAGAUUCCUUCUGCAUAAAAUUCCCUUGAAUCGCUCUUAAAGCCGAUCUUACUACUCUUACUACUCUUUUUUCUUCUUCUUCUUCUUCUUCUUUUCUUUUUUUUUCUUUUUACAAUCCGUUCUACAAAUAUCCGAAAUCUUCUUUGCACGAUGGCAAAGGAAGGAGGCGGUCUUAACACAGCCAAGAGUAGUCCUUCGUAAGUAGUAAAGACACGAAAGAGACAGGCACGUGGAGGCCAGGACGCAUGCGUGUCGUGUUGCUCCUGCAGGACUUCAUGCACGACAAGUCAGUCUGCAUCUGGACUCCGGCUCGCGUACAUUUUCCGGCUGUGCAUGUGAGUGACUUGUAAACCAACGAAAUCCUGUGGUGGACGACUAUGAGGGUAACCACGUUGAAUCAGCUGAUCUUGUGGAGCUCGUUGAUCGUCAUCGUUGGAGCCGUUCAUCGAUCAGAAGGACGGCAAUCGAGGAAUCUGGAGAUAUUGGGGCAAAUAUCGGGUCACCAUCACGGAACGCAGUAUGCAUCGAUGUCGGAGAAUUACAAGAACAACUCAGACCUGCCCAGAUUCGCUGAAGAAAUCCAGAACGUGACCGUGAGCAAAGGUCGAGAUGCUUUGUUAGCCUGUAUAGUGGACAAUCUACGAAACUUUAAAGUGGCAUGGGUGCGCGUCGAUACGCAGACUAUCUUAUCCAUCCACCAUAAUGUCAUCACGCAAAAUCCACGGAUCUCGUUGUCCUAUAACGAUCACCGUACAUGGUAUCUUCAUAUAAAAAAAGUUGAAGAAGUGGAUCGUGGAUGGUACAUGUGUCAGGUGAACACAGACCCGAUGAGAAGUCGACAGGGUUAUUUGCAGGUUGUAGUUCCACCUUUCAUUAUCACGAAGGAAACCAGCACAGACAUGGUUGUCCGCGAAGGUUCAAACGUAACAUUGAUAUGUAAAGCUUCAGGAUAUCCGGAACCUUACAUCAUGUGGCGGAGAGAGGAUGGAAAAAAUAUAAACUACAAUGGAGAGAACGUGAAUGUCGUGAAUGGCGAGGUGUUGCACAUCGUGAAGAUAAGUCGAUUGCACAUGGGAGCAUACUUGUGCAUCGCUUCGAACGACGUUCCACCACGAGUUAGCCAACGCAUAUCUCUUCGCGUGCAAUUUCCUCCUAUGCUUUCGAUACCAAAUCAAUUAGAAGCGGCAUAUAUUGGACAAGAUGUCACGUUGGAAUGUCACACAGAAGCUUAUCCUACCUCGAUUAAUUAUUGGACGACCGAACGUGGCGAUAUGAUUGUCUCCGGCAAUUACCAUUCUAUUGCAGGCGAUAAAUAUGAGGCGGUGUCCACCGACAACGGGUACAACAAGUACAUGAUGCUGAAGAUUAGAAAUGUCGGCCCGAGGGACUUUGGCUCGUACAAAUGCGUGGCACAAAAUUCUCUCGGUGGAACUGACGGGGACAUUAAAUUAGAUGAGAUUCCAACACCAUCUACGACGUCCACGACACCGCCACCCGUGACUACAUCGAUGAAGAAGAACGGUAGAAACGGUAACAAGAAAUUACGACAACGACCUAUCGACUACGAGGUCGAGGAAUGGCGAAAUUCAGAUUACAAACAUUACAAUCCGCCAUCAAUGAGGCCGCCAGGCGAGCUUCCGGUCGACGCUUUAAGUCCGGGUGUCUCCCAUCGGGCUCAGCUCGUCCUUCAUCUUUUGGUGAGUCUGCUGUCACUGCUUCUUCCAGCCAUCAGAAGGUGA